GCAAAAAGCCGCCAGUCUCUACUCGGCGUGCACCAACGUGCUGCGCCGCGACAGAUCGGAAAUGGGCGACCUGCGCUCUUUCAUGCGCAAGAUGGGGCUGGACCUCCUCGCCACGAGCGACAAGUCGAAGAAGGACGCCGUCGACGUCAUGUGCGCUCUCUUCUUCCGAUACGGCAUCAACACGCUGCUGUCCUUCGUGUUGCACGACCUGAUCGCCGUCAACGGAAAGAAACUCGUAAGCGUCAGCUUCAGCCGCGGCUUCGACGCGUGGAUCGUGAAGCGCGAGAAACUGAUCGCGGCGAGCAGGAUCAGCCACUUUUACGUGCACUACGUGAACGCCUACCACAACUCCAGUCGCAACGACACUUGGGACGUGCUGUCGAGGGUGUCGGAUGCGGACAACGUGGCCUGCUCUCUCCUGGCGUCCUUCCUCCGCAAGAGAGAAGCAGCCCCCGCGCGCAUACGAAUACGGCACCUUUCUCGCUUCACGCAAUCGACGGUGUCCAGCCAAGAGUGGGUCGACGCCUUCGCCGUGCACAGCGGAUCCGAGUACGCCGUGGACGACGUCGUGUACGCGAAUCCUGCCGCGCUCAAGUUCUUCGACGCCCUGGUUUCCCGACUGGACCACGACGGCGUCAAGUGCGAGAUUGCCUGGUGCCUGCUCAGGGAGUACGGAUCGUACGCCGACAGAAGGCUCAUCAGCAGCGUCGCCAGGCACAACCAGACGUGCCUGGAAAGAGUGGCGGCCGUCAUGGGUCCCGCUCUUUACGGCACCUACAUCUUCAGACAGGUCUCGGCGAAGACCAUUCGAACGGCCACCGACAUGGCGCUCAACAUUCGCAGGCAGGCCGAACUGGACAUCGCGAGGGCGACGUGGCUGGACGCGAAGUCGAAGCACCAGGCGCUGAAGAAGAUUCAGAACAUCACGUUCCACAUCGGCUUCCAGAAAGGAAUGCGGACUACGGAAGAGCUCGACAGCUACUACCUGAAGUACCCGUUCUCGGCAAAGCAUUUUCUGCUGAGCUGGCUGCGCGCGUCGAAGCUUACACGGGCGAAGCGGCUCGGAAACCGGAACAUGCUGCUGCCGCACCGCGCAUUCCCGACGGCCGCGUACGUGGGACAGGCGAACGCGGUUUUCAUAUCGGCCGACCUCCUCCGUCCGCCGGUCUUCCUGCCAGCGGGACCGGAGUCCUUCAACUACGGCGGCCUGGGACAGAUCAUCGCCCACGAAAUCUUUCACGCCUUCCUGAUCUCGACGAAAGGAUUUGACAAGAAGCGGGCACAUCGCCGCGAACAGGGCACAAUGCAGGACAAGAUGCGGUGUCUGAAGCGCUCUCACGACGAGGCGCUCCAAGGCGCGACGCUUCCGCAGCGCCGUCAUUCGGACGCGGAGAACGUCGCCGACCUCGCCGGCGCUACUGUGGCGUUUAGAACGUAUGCCAACUUGAGCGGCCGCAACGGGACGGCGUCGCACCAUGCCUCCUCCGAAGAACAGCGCCAAAUGUUCUUUGUCGGCUUGUGCCUCAAACACUGCGAGCACGAGGAAAGCGACGCCUCACUAUUCACGCCGUCGCCCCUUCGAUGCAUCGUGCAGCUGAGGAACAUGCGCGAAUUUUCCACCGCGUAUCGCUGUCACGGCGACGACCCCAUGAACGCCGCCACGAAGUGUUCUGUUAUUUAAGGCGGAUUUCAAUACGAGCAGACUUUUAUAGAGUGUAUUAGAACCUUAUAUUCCUCUCCACUUCAACACUGCCC